AUGGAAGAAGACCCUUCGAAAGCGAAAGCGGCACCACCUCCGCUACAUAUCUACCGCCCCAUCCCGCGUCGCAACUUCGAAUCCAACUACGACACGGCCGAUUCGCCCACACACGCCUUUUCGCAGGCAACGCCUCCGAGCGCGACCGAGAACCGGAGAUCGUCUGACUUCCUCGCUCAGCUCAACGCCCGCUUGCUGGGGACAUUUAAUUCGCGCGAUGACGACUCGGACGACCAGGAGAGGGAGAGUAGGCCUCCGCCGCGGAACAAGAGUUACUUGAACAUGACGAGUAGCACUUUAUCCGGCAUAUACGACGAGACGGGUGCGAAUACGGCUGGGGAACUGAGCACGGCGGAAACGCCAUGGGGGACUGGUGCCGAGACACCCACACACAUGACCAUGGGCUUUCAGACCCGGGAAACCGCGAUGGGGAGUCCUGAUGGCGGACUGAGCUUGAAGAACCAGGCCAGGAAAGGAUCAAACAAGGGCAAAGCUGAAGGGAGGCGGAGGAGUCAUGCGAUCAAACAACCGCGUCACGGCGUAUGGAAAUACGCUGUGAUUUUGGGCAAGCUCGUAGCCCUGUACGUCUUUGGCGUCAUCUACGGAGUCAUCGUCUCGCAUCUCCACGAGACGAGACAAUUGGCAGCUGUACACGUUGAAGGUGUUGAUCGCAAGAGUCAGGCCUACCUUGCCACCUGGGGACUAUUUGGAGUUACCUUGGGAAGUUUGCUUCCAUACGUUGAUCUCGUAUGGGAUGCACAACGGAAAGAGAGCCAGAUGGAAGACAAGGAGGCGGAUACACACGAUUCACCCAUCAGCGAGCAGAUCAAUGAUGUAGUUAGGAGUGUGGCAGCUUUUGUCGGGAUAGCAUUUGCUAUUCGCCGUCUCCCCUGGCAAUCCACCCUCCAGCUCACCCUAACUCUCGCCCUCGUAAACCCCGCCCUUUGGUACAUCCUCGAUCGCUCGAAACCCGGCCUCUCUGUCUCACUCACCGUCACUUCUAUCCUCACAUCCUUCAUUUUCCUCUCGAAUCCAGAUGUUCUUCCCUCACCGUCCCUACCAGCCACCACAAACGCCACGCAAAUCCCGUCCAUGGGCAGCCAUACAUAUCAAAAGGGGAAACCAGCACCAGUCGUUACACCAGAGCUGUUCGCUGGCAUGGUUAGUUACGAGAACUUAGCUUAUAGGGAGGAGGUUGGCUGUGCUGGAGGAAAGUGGGUGGAAGAGGUGAUGCUUCUUGGUUGA